AUGAAAACUUCAUCUAUCUGCUUUGCUCUUAUUGGAGUCAUUACUCGGGUGUCAACAGCUGCGAUUUAUCCUUUCGAUGCGUUUGUUGAUGGCGUUCCAUUUCUACCUUUCGUACAAGCUCCUUUGGCACCUGGACUGCCACCUCCAAUUGCUUUUACUAAUGGUCCUAUCUAUACAUCAUUAACACCUUCUCUCCAUCCCAUCUACCACACUCCCCAAUUGGAAGUUCGUAACAUCAUUCGCAGCACAUCUAGAGACACGGCUCAUUUCUCAGGCACCUCGCAUCGCGCUCCUGUUUUCCCCUUCGGAAGUUUCUAA